UUCUUUCAUUUUCACUUGAUAAAAGGCACCAUGAAUUGUGUGUUCCUUGCUCAUAUCUCAUUACACUCUUCGUUUCUCGCACCCUCUUGAUUCUCUUCCUUGCCCAGAAACUCUCCUCCCCAUUCAUUUCUAUACAAAUCGCAGCCUACCCCCUAAGCAAUGGAACUACUAACUUUUCUUUCCACAUAUAUCAAUAACCUUUAUUCUCAAAAAAAGAAAUUUCUGGUUUCUGAUGCUGUGUCUGAUUACAGACGUUCGCCUUUUGAUCUAACUAAGAAAUUUAUAGGUUCCUAUGCAGUGUCUGAUUUAACCCACAAGCUUUCUGAUCAAACAAAGACAUUUAUGGCUUCUGGUGCUGUGUCUGAUUACAGACGUUCGCCUUUUGGUCUAAUAAAGAAAUUCAUGGCUUCUGGUGCAGUGUCUGAUUUCACCUAUAUGCCUUUUGAUCAAAUAAAGAAAUUUAUAGCUUCUGGUGCAGUGUCUGAUUUCAACCACAAGCUUUCUGAUCAAAUAAAGACAUUUAUGGCUUCUGGUGCAGUGUCUGAUUUCACCUAUAUGCCUUUUGAUCAAAUAAAGAAAUUUAUAGCUUCUGGUGCAGUGUCUGAUUUCAACCACAAGCUCUCUGACCUAAUAAAGAAAUUUCUAGCUUCUGAAACAGUGGUGUAUGUCCUCCAGUUUAAGAAAGAAAGCGUUCCUAUAAUUGUUGCAGUGGUAGUGAUAGCACUCCUAGCACUCCUGUUUGGUAGUUGCUGCGGAUUUCUUGCCAAGAUUGUUCGAAUUUGCUGCGGAUGUCUUGCCAAGAUUGUUCGUUUUUGCUGCCGAUGUCUUGCCAAGAUUGUUCGUUUUUGCUGCGGAUGUCUUGCCAAGAGUGUUAAAACAAUGAAAGCACCGGGGAGGAACUAUCGCAUACCAAGGAGUAAUUUUGAAGCAAAUCCUCGUGAUUAUUUUAGGGACUUGCGCAAGGGGUAGAAGAUAUAUCGAUCCUAAGCGUCCAAUAUGGUUGUUUCCAUAGACUUUUCUCCGGAGGCAGACCCGCUCUUCUUCAUCUCUUCAUCGACCCUACUGUAUUUUCUUCUUUUCGAGUGGUUUUUCAAAAGCUUUGAUCUGUUGUAGUAGAUGCUUUGUGAGCUUGCUUCAACUUACAUGUUUCAAUAAAGAAGUGAAUUGGUCUUCA